AGGAAGAAAUUUACUGAUCAAAAAUGAUUUUCCACCCCAAAAUUUCCCCCAUAUUUGCCAAAAUACCAGACUAACGAUGGUAUCACACGCUUUAGAAAUUCUUCGCCAAGGACUGUGGGCGUCCUUGACGGGGGGAUGGUUCUACGAUCCUCACCAGAGCAUCUUUUGUAACACACUCCAUUUGUAUCUCUGGCUUUUUCUUUUGCUCUUCCCAUUCAUUUUGUAUUUGACUUUGCCAAUCAGCACCAUUGUGUGGACAGUCUACUGCAUUCUGAUAGCGUCCGUGUUCACCUCAAUCAAGAUUGUCAACCAUCGUCUACACCAUAUGUAUGACACAAGCGAGGUGAUCGAAGACAGUGAAGAUGAUAGUAACAGGUCAGACAAAAACAGCAGUCGAAAAAGCAGUACAUGUGGUCCAAAGAAUGAUGCACAAGGUAUCCAAGAAACCUCUGAUGGGAUUGAACUAGUCACCCUCGAUGGUCAGGGUCAGCCAAACCUUACCCCGCCGGUGCAGUGCAGUUCAAGGAAUUCCGUGGUUGACAGCAAAGAUGCCAAAAAUCGGUCGACGCCAGUGGAUUCGAUGGAGUACAUCAAUAAAAUAGUCAAAGAUGACAUUAGAAGGAAAAACUCGAGUGUGCAUGACCUGAAAGUAGAUGUCCAUCGCAAUGAUAGUUUAGAUACAACAGAUUCUUUAUCAUCGCUCCAAUUAAAACUUGCUGAGAUCACGAAACCAGCUGAGUCUGGUGAGUUGUGUAAAGAAGUGACUCCUGAGAAAGCUCUCGAGACUGAAGAAGAAGGACCAACACUUCACACGCAUUCUGUGAUCAACCCUGCAUCUAGUCAUGAAGCAGAAGGAAAUGAAAGCCCACAGGAUUCACCGAGGAAUCGUCCUGGCAAGUCCACGGACAGGACAAGUGAAUUACAAGGAGAAGGUGAUGUUUUAUCAAGGAGUACGGAUAAACUGAUAACGUCUGCUCCAGAAAAGGACAAGGAGACUGGUGAGCAGGUAUCGGCAUCGCAAUUUGAUGGAAAUUUUGAUAUUCCCAAGUUCCCACGUAAUCGAAAACAGAGACGUGCAUUCAAAAGGGCAAAAAGUACUUUAGAUGCUGAUACUAGCUCUCUCGGUGGUGAUCGCAGAGGUUCAUUAGAAAUUGUGACUCCGGGGAGGAAAUAUUCCUUGCCGGUAGAAAUAUCUAUGACUGGAGUGCCCGGUGUUGCGGAAAAUCCAACUACACCUAAAUAUAGAUUAGAUUUAAAACGUGGUUCAUUGUCAGAACAGCCUCGAUUUCGGUUGAAUUUGAAGCGAGAGUCGAUAUCUGAAGAACGCAGCCCUACAUCUGAAGCAACCAGUAUUAAGUUAUUUUUAGAAGGGUCGAAGUUGUCCGAUAGUCAGGAUUUAGACCAUGACGGGCAGGGUAAGAUAGGAGGUGACGGGGAUGGUGCUAUGAGUAAAUUAUCAAACAGCCCCAACAUUGCUUCCAUUAAGGAAACAGACUCACCAAAGAACUCGCCGAAACGAAAAAGCAGUAUGAAAAAAUCACACGAAAAACUGAGUGGUAAAAAGUCCCAUGAAAAACUGACUGGUAAAAACUCCCACGAAAAGUUAUCAGGCUCUAAAAAGUCUUUAGAACGAUUGAAUAGUGUGAAAAAGUCACAUGAAAAACUUGACAGGUUAAAAGGUAGUCGUGAUAAGGUUGACGAGGAGGCAAUUAAAAGUGACAUAGCGUGUUGCGUGGAUGAUUUGCCUGUUAACAAAUCUUUAUUUCGUGAUACCUGUAAAGUAGAAGAUGAGUCCAAACCAAGAUGGCAUAAGGAGCCUCUACACCGGGCAGUUUCUGACUGUACUGGAGCUGGCUCGAAGCCGCCUAAGUUAAAAGAACGGACAUUAUCUUUUAGGAAUCGGACCCAAAGCCAGCGGGCGAACACAGGUGAUAGGAGUAGAAAUUCUAGUUUUAGGUCGUCGACACGUUCUAGAGGUUCAAGACGCUCUAGGAGAAAGGUCUCGCAGAUCUCGAUUGAUAGUUCUUGCUUACCUGCUGGAGAGAUUGAGAGGUUGAGAUUGGACGAUUCGCAUCGGUUAUCGUCCGAUAGUGACACGAUGAGGACUGCUAGCUCUGGUUCGCGGAGCAUCACGCCGAGUUUUCACACGGGAACUUCAACUAGUCGUAAAUCGAGCAUUGGAGAUCACACAGAUUUCAUAACGGGUGAUAGACGAGCUUCAAGUCCGUCGUGGAAACUUGAAGAAAUUCGAAACAUUUUAUCAAAAGAGGAAAAGAAAUCUGAAUCGACGCAGACGUUGACAGAGCAGAAUAUAAACCUGUCUGGUUCCAGUGGUGAUAAGAAAAAGGAGCGAGAUAGCGGAAUCUUACACUUGCUGUUCAAGAACUCGCCCGACAGCCGACCAACGUCGUCUCAUCAGAGCAGCGUGGUGGGUCUUGAUUGGCUCUUCUCAGAUACAGACUCAUCGUCAGCAAGUUCAAGAUCCCGGUCACCGUCAGUUGAGUCAUCAAGCACCCUAACCAACGAUGAAGAUGAAGAAGAGGCGAAGCGACACCAUCACAAACACCCCAGGAAGCGUUCCAUGACCGACCCAAAUGCCAAGAUGAGGGCGACUGGGGCCAUACCGAAGAAGAAGGUGGUGAGGUCAGAUGGAUCGGGCAAGGAAAGAAAGACAAGGAAGACAUCAAAAACUUCUGAAACUGGUGAGUCAGUCCAGCCUACCUCUCCUGACCACGGCGUCAUUGACCAUGACCUCUCAAGGCGGCUCCUGGAGAUCCUGAACAAGACAGACGAUCCCCUCGAGUGCGAAGCUGAGCUGAAGAAACUCAAACAAGAGCUCGAUUUGAGAAAACACAAGAAAGAAGAACCAGUCAAAGUAAAAGUGGAGGCAGCUGAAGGCGGUCCCCCUGCAGACCGAGGGAAGCGAGAUGGUAGCGCCAGUGGUGAGUCAACGACGUCCAACCCAUCAGAGAUGAGCGCGCUCCUGCCGGGUUGCAGUGCCGGGAUGCCGUCUCCGUCUCCUAGCAGCAAGAGCAAGGACAGAAAACGGAAACCGAGGCAGCUUAGUACGAGGAGUACAGGUUCCCAUGGUUCCAUGAGGGACGUGUCGACGUCUGGUUCAAUUGGGAGGACGCCCUCUGACGCCUUGAAGACGAUGGUCCAUAACAACUCAGGGAGACACCUCGCUCAGACCCACGAGGACACGACUGAAGGUGCUGUCCAUUGCUUUCAGGAUGAACAUGGUAACUGGCUGACUUAUACAUUUGAGGAGAACAGUAGUGGUGUAGCCUUGGGAGUGAUAGAGAAACAUGACAAGCUGACAGAGUUCUUUGGAGAGGAUAAGUGGGCCCAAGAAGCACCAUUCCCAAGGUCUAAUUACAGGGAGACCUGUAGCUCCACAUCAUACUCUGGAUCAACCGUGGUCCUAGACACUCCAAAACAAUCGACCAGCGGUCCGGACCACCUCGGCCUGGAUCUUAUGCCCGGGACAUUUAACGUACGACCACAGAGGACAUCCAUACAGAGCUAUGUGGAGGCGUUACUGGAGAGUGGACGUAAUCGGGCGGGCGGGUCGGACACGUCCGAUACAGAUACGGACAACACUCAUAAUAUCGACCACAUGGAGGAGAAACCUAAACACUAUUAUAAGUUCUUCUGGUUUCCGUGCUUGACUCAGGGGAUGAAGAUCAGAUUUGAUCGGCUGGCCCUGCUGGCUCUCCUUGAUAGACACCCCAGCAUCUUUGAGAACCUCGUCGCCAUAAUCCUAGCCAUCUGCGUGGGUGUCCUGGGCAUACUCCUGCUCUCCGCUAACUUCUUCCAGGAUUUCUGGAUCUUUGUCUUCUGUUUUGUGAUGGCUGGUUGCCAGUACUCACUCAUUAAGAGUGUGCAGCCUGAUGCAACUUCUCCCAUGCAUGGUUAUAACCACAUAAUUGCGUUCAGCCGUCCAGUGUAUUUCUGUCUGUGUGGAAGCCUUAUCCUCUUGCUAGACUAUGGUAGUUCUGUUAUUGUAAAUACUGAUAUAUUUCUCUAUGGUAUGGCGUUCACGAGUCAAGGGUGCUUAAUAUUUGCCAGGGACAUGAUCAUAGUGUUCCUGCUGUGUUUCCCGAUCAUCUUCACUGUGGGUCUGCUUCCUCAGGUGAACACGUUUGGUCAGUAUCUACUGGAGCAGAUCGACAUUCAUGUCUUCGGUGGAACAGCCACAACGUGUUUAUCCUCUGCUGUGUACUCCUUGUUCAAGAGCUUAUUUGGUGUGGCCUUUCUCUAUGGAUUCUGUUACGGGGGACUCAGGGAAAAAGAUCGUCAAGAUGUGUUGUUUUCGGUUUACUGUGGAAUGCUGGUGUCUGCCUGCUAUCACCUUAGUCGGACCGCAAGUGAUGGUGCAGCAUUGCUGAAUCUAAUCAAAUAUUCAAUCCCCUGUAUCCGCAAUCGGAUGAAGACAGAAGAAGAGGGUGAAGAAAUGAUUGACCCCCUCCCAGAAAAACUCAGGAAUUCUGUGUACGAACGUCUGCGGUCUGAUCUGAUCGUCUGCUGCUUUGCGAGCGUCCUAGUCUUUGCCGUGCACGUGAGCACAGCCUUUAGCAGCCCUGUACUGCAGCCGCUGCUGAGUGACGUGUUGUGCUAUAUGGCCGGCGCCCUUGGUGUGAUCAUCCAUUACAUUCUGCCUCAACUCAGGAAGGAGAUGCCAUGGCUUGGCUGCUCCCAUCCACUCAUGAAGAGUCACCAACAUGAUAAAUACGAGACAGAAUUCAAAGAGCCAGCCAAGAUGAUGUGGUUUGAGAAGAUGUAUGUGUGGCUUCGUUUCUUCGAGAGGAACAUGAUGUACCCUGCAGUUUAUCUUAGUGCCUUAACCAGCUCUGCCCCAAAAAUCCUCGACAAGUUUGGCAUUUAUAUUGGCUGUGCUGUGGUGGUGGUUUGCAGCAUGAAGCUGUUCCGCGGUGCCUUCUGUGAUACUCCUCGUCAGCACCUCAUAUUGAUAUUCGCGCUGUUUUUCUUCAAGUACGACUUUAGUUAUGCGUCCGAGACAUUCCUUGUUGACUACUUCUUCAUAGCCAUACUCGUACAUAAGUUUUAUGAUUUCCUGCUGAAAGUGCGUUUCAUCAUCACCUACAUCGCCCCGUGGCAGAUCACGUGGGGAUCAGCAUUCCAUGCCUUUGCUCAGCCGUUCAGUGUACCACACUCUGCCAUGUUGUUUCUCCAGGCUGCUGUCUCAGCCUUCUUCUCCACACCACUCAACCCGUUCCUGGGUAGUGCAAUAUUCAUCACUUCGUAUGUUAGACCAAUCAAGUUCUGGGAAAGAGAUUAUAAUACCAAGCGUGUUGACCACUCAAACACGAGACUCUCCACACAACUGGACCGUAACCCUGGUGCUGAUGACAACAACCUUAACUCCAUCUUUUACGAGCACCUCACGCGGUCGCUGCAACAUAGCUUGUGCGGCGAUCUGACGAUGGGUCGCUGGGGGAAUACGGCGCAGGGCGACUGUUUCAUUAUGGCGUCGGACAAACUGAAUGCAUUGGUACAUAUCAUCGAGAUGGGUAAUGGUCUAGUCACAUUCCAGUUGAGAGGAUUGGAAUUCAGAGGUACAUACUGCCAGCAAAGAGAAGUGGAGGCUAUCACUAUGGAGGUGGAUGAAGACGAUGGCUUCUGCUGCUGCGAGCCCGGCCACAUCCCUCAUUUCCUGUCCCUGAAUGCUGCAUUCAACCAGCGCUGGCUCGCGUGGGAGGUGAUUGCGACCGAUUACAUUCUGGAGGGCUACAGUAUAUCGGAUAAUAGUGCAGCGUCGAUGCUGCAGGUAUUUGAUCUCAGAAAGGUGCUAAACACAUAUUACGUAAAGAGUAUCAUCUACUACACAGUACGAUCGCCUAAACUCGAGCAGUGGCUGGAGAAUGAAACAGUCCAAGAAGCAUUGAAGCCGUACUUGGACAAAAACUACGCCGAUGUUGACCCAACAUUCAAUAUGCACGUGGAUGAGGACUACGAUCACCGGCUCUCUGGGGUCUCCAAGAAUAGCUUCUGUAACAUUUACUACGAGUGGGUACAGUACUGUGCCUCAAGAAGAGAGAUGACUGUUGAGAGUAGCCGUGAGUCACCGUUAGUUUCCCUCUGCUUUGGCUUGAGCCUCUUGGGUCGGAGGGCCCUGAACACUGCCGCCCACAACAACUCCUCUGUCAGUGUUGAUUUCUUCUUGUUCGGAUUGCACGCGCUAUUCAAAGGAGAUUUCCGUAUCACAUCUGAGCGAGAUGAGUGGGUGUUCAGUGACAUGGAGAUGCUGAGAAGGGUUGUGGCUCCUGGGGUCAGAAUGUCACUCAAAUUACAUCAGGACCACUUCACCUGCCCAGAUGAAUACGAAAACCAUGAGCUCCUGUACGACGCCAUCACCACUUAUGAGCAAUCCAUGGUCAUAUCCCACGAGGCAGACCCAGCCUGGAGGAACGCAGUCCUGUCCAAUACUCAGUCACUUCUUGCCCUAAGACAUGUCUUUGAUGAGGGAUCAGACGAAUACAAGAUCAUCAUGCUGAACAAACGCUACUUGGUCUUCAGGAUUAUCAAGGUGAACAGAGAAUGCGUGCGAGGCCUGUGGGCAGGACAGCAGCAAGAGCUGGUCUUCUUGCGAAACCGUAACCCAGAGCGGGGCAGUAUUCAAAAUGCCAAGCAGGCGCUACGGAACAUGAUCAACUCCUCAUGUGAUCAACCAAUAGGUUACCCUAUUUACGUGUCGCCGUUGACGACGUCGUACUCGGGGACGAAUACGCAGCUGUCGAGUAUUAUUGGUGGCGAGUUCAGCCUGAAUGGAGUCAAGAACGCUCUGAGAAAUCUAUGGAGAAGGAUCAGACUUAGAUGUGGUGCUAGCUGUACCAGUAGUGGCUCAGUGACUGUUGACGACUCGUACGGCUGUGGUCCGAUUCAGCCUGCUACUCCUGGUCACCAGGUGAACAUGACCAACACGCCCACGGUCAUGGAUCCUAACCACCCUCCUCUGGCAAACCGAGGCAGUGUGCACUCCACGACGAGCUCAGCCAGUAAGCCUAGUGCCGCAUUCGUCAGUUUGGCUGGUUUACUCGGGGAUAGUGCAUCUGCAAACAAAGAGCCAGUCAUGCAGAGAGUUCAGAUCACUGACCCGGCUCAAGUCUACACCAACAUUAACCUUGGGAGACGUAUCGAUGUCCUCUGGCCUAACGAGGACUGGCGACAGAUGGGUGGCAAGAAUCACUGGAAUGGCUGGCGGCCGGAGAAAGGGAUGGAAGGGACAGUCGUCCACCGCUGGAUGCCCUGCCAUCGAGAGCAGGUCAAGAGGUCACAUGUGGAUAAAACGGUGCUCCUUGUACAGAUAACGGACAAAUAUGUGCCAAUCGCCGAGAUUGGUGUGACAGAUCUUGGUGCGGAGGUAUAGCACACGGACUGAGAACUCCUUUGAAGAAUCUGAAUCACACCACAGUCAGCAGAAGUUGUUCAAGAUUUUGUUCCCAGUUACGCAUGCGCAUUGAUAAGUAACCAGGGUAUACUUAUUCAUGUGCAUGCGUACAUGAAUACAAAACCUGGACGUUUUGUUGGAACUUCUGGUGAUCAUGGCACAGAUUAAAAGUCCUCCAAGGAGUAUUGAUGAACAUGUAAAAUGAAGACUGUGCUGUGUGCUUAUCAAAGUUCCUAUUCAUAGUGGAGACUAACCUUGGUGCUGAUAUAAAAAAUGGAUGUCUCUUUUUGAUUUUAGGAUGAAAGGGUCGAGUUGGUUUGUCGCAAAACCUAAUUGAUUCAUUCAGUAAUUGGCAAGGCCUAAAUCCACCACAGCGGUUUACCGUCAUGCUUUUGCUGCUUUCGCUGGCCUUGUAUCUGUGAUCAUUUGUACAAUUGCAGGUUCAGUAACUUGCUUCAAAUUUAUUCCAACCGUACAUAUAUUUUGAAUGUGAUCAGGUGCAAUUACAAUCUGGCAAUCUUGACCUUAAUCAGCUGAGGACAAAGUUUGUUUUAUUACCCCUAGAAACCCAUAAUGUCAACCAGAUAAAAUUAUCUUGUGGCACACUUAUGACAUCGUAUAUAAAAAUACAGUCAUCAUUUUAUUUCAGUUGAAAUGAAUAACAACUACGUAGCUUUAAUGUUUUACUUUUUGUUCAGCUAUCAAAUGUGAGGGAGAAGGCAUGUUAAAUGUGAUCUAGGUCCAUUUUGUUAGAGUCUGCUGAAUCAAUCUGAAAUUUAGUUGGAUCUUCAAGAAAAUUUAGCCAGGGGGCGUUACGCAGUUAACUGUAUUAUUCAGAUAUGCCCUAUUCAGAGACAGCUUCUUGAUGAAGCCCUUAAUGUGGUGUUUUUAACUCAGGUUUUGUUUUUAAAGUAUUCUCAUUCCCCAUCAAUUGCGUUGUGUUGAUAUAUUUCCUGUGCAAUGUUCAGAGCUGGUUUGUCAUAUCUCGAGUAGCGAGUCAGCUGUUUGUGUAUAUAUAGGACAAUACACUUUAGGUGGAUGGGAAUAGGAAGUGACCUUGACCCUUGGAGGGUUAGGGCAUGAGAUUCUUUGGGAACUAACGUUAGAUGUGAUGUGCCUUUGAUAUUUUUGUGAUGAAUGGCUGUGACUUUUAUGUAAAUAAAUUUGAAGAAAAGGAUCUUGCAUGACAUGUCAUGUUUUACAUGACAAUAGGCUAUGUAGUUGGGGGCCAUCAGUGAAGCAGGUUUUGCAAAUAAGGCGGGGGGGGGGGGGCAAAUUGGGUAUCAUUCUCUGAGUUUGAGAACUGUCCGGGCUGUGUGUAUUAUUUGUAGUGGUAAUAAACUGAACGGUUGCUUCUAAAGUAAAGAUGAUGGACUUUGUUUUUAUGUAAAUAUUUGUAAGAUGACAGCAUUAAUGCAACCCUUUCUAAAAUAAACAUCUGCUCAGGAUUCAUUUGGAAUUUUGCUAUUGAGAACGAGUGCCUGGGCUUAUUGUAAUUGUUUUUCAGGAUGUAAAAAUUCCAUGUCCAUUUUGAUGUGAGUCCGUGUAAUUGUUUUGCAAGAUGUUGUGAUUCCAUACCAGUUUUAAGGUCGGUUCCCUACCCUCAGUUGGUGAACUCUAUACUGAACAACUGAGAAUACAGAGGAUGUGCACUAACUUGACCCCCUCUUCUACUCAGCGGUGAUUCCUUUUCUGUGUUUCACAUCAUCAGUUUGCGUGGGGUUUCCCAUCCUCCUCGGUUGCGAAAAUGACAGAGCCUUGAAAUUGAUGUUCUCGUGUGAUUUCUUUCUGGGGGCCAGGCUGGCUGUUGAUGAGGUUGAAAUAUCAAAAGGGCAGGGCGUUAGUUGCAGCAGAAAAUUUCUUGUGUACUGGUAUUGGGAUGUCUCCUGCAACAGCUUCAGAUAACCGGCGUACAGGUUGGUAAGCAUGUGUGGAUGUUUUUCUUAAGCAUGAGUUUGCCUACAUAAUGUAUCUGCGGAAUUUUUUUCUAACAUGAUGAUUCAUUUAUUUUAGUGACCACAUCUGUCAUUUCAUCUUAAAUUAGGGUUAAAAUUUGUAUAACUGCAUUUUCUGCACUGGUCAAUUAGAUCAGCCCAGCUAAUCACUACUCUCUCACCUCCUGACCUUGUGAACUACGGUACAUGUACGCUUCUGCACUUAUGGAAGUCAAAUAUGGCUCUUUUUCGAAUCGCUUUCAACACCAGAUCAGGAUGGGCUACCAGUAGCACAAGUUGAUUUUGCACUGAAAUACAUAUACUUUCUAGAACGCUGCAUUUGUUGCUUAUUUCAAGCUCUGGCUUACAUGCUUACGAGGUUCUGUGGUUCAAAGCUUUUAUGUAUAAGAAAUUGGGGGUAAAUCAUUGUGUGUCAUUUGCACAUUCAAAAAAUAAGUCAUGAUAUAUGAGAAGGUAAUCUUUCCUGACAUCAAAAUAAUGGAUAGUCAGCGAUUGAGCUGGUAUUUGUAGUGUAAAUUUGUAAAUAGUUCUUGUAAAGUGUUAUUGUAUUAUUUUGACCAAGAACAUUCAGCCAAUCAGUUGUCAAUAAAAUGUGCCAUCAGCUGUAUGGACCGACGGUGAAAUAAAAUUCCUGAAAAUUGAAA